AUCAACAUGGCUACGGAAGGAGAUGUUGAACUGGAGUUGGAGACUGAGACCAGUGGCCCAGAGCGGCCUCCUGAGAAGCCACGGAAGCAUGAUAGUGGUGCGGCGGACCUGGAGCGAGUCACCGACUAUGCGGAGGAGAAAGAGAUCCAAAGCUCUAAUCUGGAGACGGCCAUGUCCGUGAUUGGAGACAGGCGGUCCCGGGAACAGAAAGCCAAACAGGAACGGGAGAAGGAACUGGCAAAAGUUACCAUCAAGAAAGAAGAUCUGGAGCUGAUAAUGACAGAGAUGGAGAUCUCAAGAGCAGCAGCAGAACGGAGCUUGCGGGAACACAUGGGCAAUGUGGUCGAGGCUCUUAUUGCACUUACCAACUGAUAUGGGCUUUCUUAGACAUACCCACUGGAUUAAUUUAUUGCAAUAAA